AUGGAGAAUACUGUGGAAGAGCAUCUAAGCAAAAUCAUUGAUACUUCGCCAGCACAGCCUCUCGACCAGCUAAUUUCCGAUCAGAGGCUGAUUCUUGGACUACUUCAGAAGAGAUUCGAGUAUCUCUCUGACAUACCACAAAUCGCCGAAAGGUUGUGGCACUCGACGGACAAUGCUUGGGCUGGUUCUGAUCAAGAGCCGAUAGCACCCAGAGAUCAGUCUCUUGGGACUGAGUUCUUGAACACACUUAUUCCAUGCGGACGCUCGGUCACGAGCAUCCACGCAAAUGUCAGAGCCCGAGGGACGAGGUUCAGUUUCGAUCAAGACACAUUGAUGGAAUGGAUUACAGAAGAGAAUCUUGUCAUCUCUCGUCAAAUUCUUGAAGACUGGAUUCGAGAAUUCAACAGAUACUCCUCGCCAUGGGACGAAGACCCCUCAAGCAAAUCCCUCGACAAGAGGGAAAUCGACCGAGAGCCCUGGUUAAACCAGGUCUGUGAGAGGUGGCCCAAGGUUUGGGAGUUUUCACCCCUCGGUGAGCCGGAUCGCAACUAUGGAAACACAACAAGAGUCUAUUAUGCCUGUCCGAGCAUGAGCAGAAUGAGCGAUCCCAUCAGCUACACUCCCAUGGAGUCCCCGAUUCAGAGGCUUCCUGAGGCGCCAGAAGAAUCACUGCCCGGCUCUCACAAGUAUGGAGUCUUCAUGCACUACAUGAGGUCCUUUACUAUCAUGGACUUUGAGGAAACGCCAAUCAUCAAAGGCAGCCCAGCUACGGGGCUCAAGUGCAAAAGAGAAAAUAUUGGUUUCAAGGCUUUCUACAGCGAGGACACGGAAUGCCUGGUUGAGCGACGAUACUCGACGGCGCUCAACAUCUUCCCCAUACACUCGCCUAGCGGGCAUUAUGUGUUACUGUCGCUGAUUGAUGCCGGAGAGCACGAAUACGGCGUGUGGAGUCACAGUCCCACGAACGACAUUACGAGUUACAACAGAUGGAAGCCUUGGAAGCGCUACGGGAUAUAUCCCGCGGCCAUCUACAGCGGAGUCUCGGUCUUCCAGCUCCAGAUCUGUUCAUUUAUCGAAUCGUGGGAGAGUGACUGGAAUAACACUCUCACUCGAAUUAACCAAAUGGUUUCUGUCAAGCUUGACGUACUCAACGAUGACCGGCGUUUGCGAGAGCUGGUGCUGGAUACGAACCCUACCGACCUGGUAUUAUACUUCAAGGUCCUCCAGAUGCUCGGGAGGAUCGAUGACAUUAUCCAAGCGGAUACUGCACGUCUAGAGUCCCUGUCCUUGAACGUUCGAAAUCCCGUCAUUUCAGACCACUGGUGGCAAAAGACCUACAAGCACAACGAAGAUACACAGCGGAUCCUCGAAUACAACUGGGAUCUUGUGCGGAAACGCCAGCAACGAGCCACCGACAGGCUAUGCAGCAUGAUCAAGCAGACAAAGGAGGAGGUCAAGGGGCUCAUGGAUAGCCUGUACAAUGUUCAGUCAGUUACAGAGGCCCAGAAAACUAGGGUUCUCAGCAAAUACCUCAUGGUGUUUACGAUUGUCACCGUCAUUUUUCUUCCUCCCACUUUUGCUGCAACUUUUUUUGGGAUGGAUGCUUUCCAAUCAGUUGAGACCGCUUCCACCCAGAGGACGUUCUGGACAGUCCUGGGGAUACUGUCGGGUCUCACAUAUGUCAUUGCAGGAAUCGGACUAUUUGGGGCCAAGGCUUCCACUCAGUUGAGAGAGGAGAGGAAGAAAAAGUCCAAGUCACAUGGAAGAAGAGACACCUUGCAAGCUAGGCAGCAAGAGGAGAUCUUCUCGGAAGUCAGAAUACACAGAGGAGGACUUUGA